AUGGUCUAUGAUAUUGGAGACCCUUCGGACCCGACAAAGCCAGACUGGUACCAGCUUAAACGACACGACAAAAGAUGGACCGAAGACAUAGAUCCUGAGAGAGGAGACCGAUGUUAUGACGCCGAACACGUUCUCGAAUGGUCAUUGCUCCUGCAAUUUCUCGGAGAGAAUAACAGUCGUUGCGCGCUGCUGUGGAAAUACUUCAGCGAAGAGAACAUGCCGAAAAAUGAUAUAACGGUUAGAAAAGCGAAGGACUACAAAAAAACUCUGAAAAAGGGCGACCACUUUGACUAUACGGACGCACAAUUCAAGAUGGGGAAGUUCAAGAGCUUCUGGUCAAACGAUAAAGAUCCAAUCAAGGAACCUAGACCAAUCGAUUGGAUUGGCAUGCAGUGGCCCGGCCAAGAAGGCUCGAGGUCACGACCUCCAACUCCAUGGGAGUACGAGCUCAUCUUGUUGAACAAAGAGUUCAAUAUUAAGAAGAACAACGUCUGGGACGAUGAAGAAAUCCUUCCCGUGCCGGACUAUGAGCCAGGUACUACCAAUCUGAAGAAAACACAGGCCAACUCGAACACUCUGGAGGCACUUUACGGGAAUCGAUACUUCGAAGAGCAAGCAGAGAAGAAAUGGCAGGACAACAGGGGAAAGUGCAAGGCGAUCUACAAGUUUACUACGUUGAUGAGCUUGGUGAGCUACCACAAUGAUCCAUACAUACAGGAAGUGAUGCGCGCUCAGGUACGACGCGUCGGCCGAGCUUUCGAGCACUUGGAGAAAACGGUGUUGCCGGCAUUGAACGAACCUUAUAUUGAUCCGGUAACCCAAGUGUCUCAUCCGUAUAAACGGGUCAACCUGAGAGCUACAUGGUUCAAGUGGAUUAAGAAGGUUCACAAGGCUCGCUUAGGAAAACUCAAUGCCGUUAUGGAGGAGAAGGUGAAGGUUUUCGAGGCCGACACAGCGGCGACGACGAGAUUCAAGCGUUGGGAUUUCUUUGGAGUUUUCAGGAGGGCAGUAAAGGAGCCAAACUGCGGAUUCGAACCAGACGACCAAAAAAUCCUUGAAAGAGUGGAACUGAUGUUGGAUGCGUACGGGAAAUUGGAGAAAGUGGAUACCGAGCUAACACUCGAAGGAGACGACGAAGACAAGGAAGACGACGAAGAGGAACAAGAAGAGGGGGAACAGGAGAACGAGGAGCAGGAAGAGAAUCAAGACCAAGAACAGGAAGAUCAAGAGCCAGAACAAGCAGAUUGA